GCUAUCCUCUCUCCAUUCCAUUGCGCUCGCGGCUCGCGCUUGGCCUAUCCAUCCAAUCCACCACCACCGCGAAGCCGAAGCGGGAGUGAGGUGAGGCGAGCCAUGGCCAUGUCCCUCUCCCUGGCGCGCGUCGCGCUCCCGCCUCCGCUGCCGCAGGGGGCCGGGCCCGCCGCCGCGGCCGCCAGGAAGCUCCAGGGCGCCGCCCUCGCGUUCCCCGCCAAGUCGUUCUUCGGCGCGCCGCUGGCUGCCGUCGCGGCCGUCUCCCCCGCAGCGGCGGCGGUGGCGGCGUCCCCGCUCCGGCGCAGGCCGUCGUCCGCCUCCGCCGUCGUCGCGGCGGGGAAGGGGUACAAGAUGAAGACGCACAAGGCGUCGGCGAAGCGGUUCCGGGUGACGGGGAGGGGGAAGAUCGUGCGGCGGCGCGCCGGGAAGCAGCACCUGCUCGGCAAGAAGAACACCAAGCGCAGGAAGAGGCUCUCCAAGAUGGUCCAAGUUAACAAGAGCGACUACAACAACGUGACGGGUGCACUGCCCUACCUCAAAGUGAACAGGAAUGCAGAAUGAGAUCUCCUAGGUUUUGCGAUCUGCUUCUGUUUCAUUUCGUCAACUUGUAAUUUUUGUGUAUCUUCUUUGUAUUUCUUUUCUGAAUAUCUCAAGUCAUACCAAGCAAACAUAAACAGCUAUUCAUGCCAACAUGUUCAAAAAUGAGUUGCAUUUGCACGGACUUGUUAUUUCCAA